GUAUUGUCUCCGGCAACAGACUCUUGUACAAUACAUUUUGUUUUCAUCAAUGCUUACGUUGAUAAAUAUUUAAAUAGUCUAUGCAAUGUUCUUUACAUUUGAUUGAAUGGACCUGAGAUGUUUUUUAUUUUUUUUUCGGUAUCACUUUGAUGAGCUAAAAUGGCAAUACAAGGACAACCGUUUCAUACGCUAGAACUGAUUUAUUCCUCAACUUCAAUGUACCCACACUAGCCAGAACAGCAGAGGCACUUGAACAUGGCGGAAGUUGGGAAGUUCGAACCAGAGCAGGACAUUGAGAAGAAAAUUGAGGAGACGAGACAGAAGUUCAAUAAUGAGUACGUCCAAGGACAAGAAUCUGACAAAUAUGACUCCAGAGAUGUGGACAGGCUACAAAAGGAUGAUGCUCUGGUGGAGGCAUACCUGACAUGGCGACUAUACUCUGUGGACGAUGCCCUGAAGAUGAUUGACGACAGUUUCUUGUGGAGGAAAGAAUUUGGUUUGAAUGACCUCACUGAGAGCAGCAUUCCAAAGUGGAUGUUUGAGACGGGGGCUGUCUUCCUCCACGGCUACGACAAGGAAGGCAACAAGCUCUUCUGGUUCAAAGCCAAGCUACAUACCAAGGAUGCAAAGACCAGCAUGGACAAGAAGAAGUAUGUUGCCUUCUGGCUGGAGCGCUAUGCUAAGAGAGAGCCAGGGAUGCCACUGACUGUUGUGUUCGACAUGGCCGAUUCAGGGAUUAGCAAUAUCGACAUGGAUUUUGUGAAGUAUGUAAUUAAUUGCUUCAAAGUGUAUUAUCCAAAGUUUCUAUCCAAAAUGAUCAUUGUCGACAUGCCAUGGAUCUUGAAUGCUGCAUGGAAGAUUGUGAGGACAUGGUUGGGUCCAGAAGCCAUCAGCAAGCUCAAGUUUGCAUCUAAAAAUGAGAUCCAAACAUUUAUUGGCCAUGAAUACCUGCCUCCUCACAUGGGUGGAACGGAUCCCUUCAGAUACAGCUAUCCUCCCCUUCCUGACGAUGACUUCCAAACGCCAGUAUGUGAGAACGGACCAAUCGUCAGCGAGGACGACAACGAGAGCAAGGACUUCGAAUCAGACAGCAAGGAGUUAGAGUCGAGCUUCAGCUCCGAGGUCGCAAUCAAGCCCAAAAAGGUGUAUUUCUCAGAGGAGAGCCUGAGCAGUCUGAAGCUGGACGACAACGACAAAGGAGACAGCCGGCCGAAGGGAGCCAGGAAGCCACUGACCACAUUCAAGGCCCCUCUGCUACACGUCAGUCCAGCAGAGGAGCUGAGCUUUGGGUCCAAAGAGUCAGACAGGAAGUGUCUUAUCAUCCUCGGUAAUGUGUCAAAGAAUCAAGUGGCCUUCAAGGUACGAACCACAGCACCUGAGAAGUACAGAGUGAAGCCCAGCAACAGCUGCUGUGAACCGGGCGCUUCUGUGGAUAUAGUGGUGUCCUUACAUGGAGGCUACCAGGCAUCUCUGCAGGACCGCUUCCUAGUCAUGGCUGCAGAGAUGGAGCAGAACGCUGGUGCUGGAUCACAAGAGCUCGCUCACUUCUGGAAGGACGUGCCCAAAACCAAGAUCAUGGAGCACAGAUUACGAUGUCACAUCCUGGAGAGCACUAAGCCCAUCCUGACCUGUGGAAGUGACAGCCCAAUUGAAGGAGGAGCCGAUGGCCACCCGGACCUGCACACAACGCUAAUGCGUGUGAUGGUGUGUAACGCCAGGCUCGAGCAGAAGCUAGACCAGUAUCUGUGGGUCCAGCAGGUUCUGAUUGGUCUGGUACUUGUUGUCAUGAUGUUCACCUUCCUGUGUCUCUACAACCUUCCUGGGACUUCCUGACCUGACAACAUGGCCUACCUCCUCCUCCCAUCUAACAUAGAGACUACAGCAGCUGAAAGCUUAACCAACAGGAAGAGGGCUGGUGUUGUACUCAGUGAUAAAACAAGAGUAGACUCUCUUCUCUACAAGGGCUGUCAUCAUGGAGAUGGAGGGCUGCUCUGAUCCGUAGCAGUGAGCUUGUGGAGUUGCCCAGAGAGAUUCCUCAUAGUUUCCUGGGUGUUGUGAGAGGUACUGUACCUAAAGAGUCUCGACACUGUGAAAUGAAAUCAAUAAUCUAUUUUUAUUACUGAUCAUGGAAUUAUACAGUGCCUUCAGAAAGUAUUCAUACCCCUCGACUUAUUCCACAUUUUGUUGUUAAAUCCUGAAUUCAAA